ACUAUUUUCGUCGUAUAUUUUCGUCGUACCCACUUGGGACAAGGGACAAUGACGCUCAAAUCGUUUGUUGGGCCAAUAAUUCAUAGCGCCGACACGGGAGAGUUGGUCAUUCACGAAAGGGCACAGAUAGACGUCAAGGAUGGAAAGAUAAUUAAAAUAAAUUUAAAUCCAGAUAAAAAUAGCUGCGAUCGCGAGAAUGUUGUGUUUUUGAAGGCGGGACAGUUUAUUAUUCCUGGAUUUAUCGAUGCCCACAUCCAUGCCGUGCAAGUACCAAAUCUGGGAACUGGUUAUGAUAAGCAUUUAUUGGAAUGGCUUGAAAAUUAUACCUUUCCCCUCGAAAGACAAUACAUUGACGAGGAAUUUGCGGAUAAAGUCUUCGACGCUGUUGUGCAAAGGACGUUAAAGUUGGGAACAACGACAGCUUGUUAUUUUGCCUCGUUGUAUAAAUCGUCGUCGCUGAUUCUCGCGAAAAAAGUCGUCAAAUACGGCCAGAGAGCAUUUGUUGGCAAAAUAAAUAUGAAUUCCUGUCAAUUUGAGGAUUAUUUUGAAAGUUUGGAAGAUUCGAUUAAAGAAACUGAAGGUUUCAUUGAAGACGUUCGAAAAAUGAAUAGCCCUUUGGUCGAGCCUAUAAUAAGUCCCAGAUUUGCGUUAAGCUGUGAUACUGAAUUAAUGGCCAAGUUGGGCGACUUGGCCAAAGAAAAAAAUGUUCACGUUCAAACUCACAUAUCCGAAAAUAAAGAGGAAGUUGAAGCUGUGAAAACUCUGUUCGCACAACAUCCAUCGUACGCUGAAGUUUAUGAUGCAGCAGGUUUGCUAACUGAUAAGACAGUAUUGGCUCAUGGAGUUCAUUUGACUGACAGAGAACUUGAAAUCAUUAAAAAAAGACAAACUGCUAUAAUUCACUGCCCGAAUUCUAAUACAAAUUUAAAAAGUGGUCUGUGUGACGUGAGGAGAUUACGGGCCGCUAAUAUUAAAGUUGGCUUAGGCACAGAUGUCUCUGGAGGUAACAAUCCAUUGAUAUUAGACACAAUGAGAUCAGCACUGCAAGCAUCGAUUCAUUUGUCAUUUAUAAAAUCUGGCUACAAACCACUUGACUAUAAGGAUGUCUUUUAUUUGGCAACUCUUGGAGGGGCAGAAGCACUAGCCAUUAAUAAUAAAGUUGGAAAUUUUCAAGUUGGAAAGGAAUUUGAUGCUCUUGUUAUAGAUUUAGCCUCACCUGAAAGUGCGAUUGAUAAUUUAAAAGAUUAUUCACUGGACGAAAAGUUACAAAGACUCAUAUAUUGCGGAGACGAUCGUAAUAUAGUUAAAGUUUAUGUAUCUGGUCAAUGUGUUGUGAAAAAAUAAAUUUAGUUUAAUCAACUAUCAUGCUAACGGUCAAACAAGAAUAUCUGAAAAUG